UGUGAUUACCAGUGUGAUUAGUUUGACCAGCUCAGUCAUUGUGGCUCUGACCACAGACAGUUAGUCAUUCAUCCCUGAGAUGAAGAAUACAAGUGACUUGACGGAUGCAGACAAACGAGAAGAACAGUAAUACAGCCAUGGAUCUGAUGAACAAGACCAUCACACUGAGGUCAUUCAACUGCACACUGGACACUAGCUACCGUUUCUCCUACUACCAGAUCUCCUACAGCCUCAUCUUCAGCUUCGGCUUGGCCAGCAACCUCAUGGCGCUCCGCCGCCUGUGGCUCAUUCCACGUAACUUGACUAGCACUGCUGUCUACAUGGCAAACCUGGCUGUAGUAGACCUCUUCUUCAUAGUGUCGCUUCCACUCAGGAUCUAUUACUACUAUAACAGGUCCCACAACAGUACCUGGUCUCCUGGAAGAACUUUCUGUCAGCUGACCUUUGCUCUCAAGUACAUCAGCCUAUAUGGUAGCAUCUUCUUUCUGGCAUGCAUAGGGGUAGACCGCUACGUUGCAGUGGUGCACCCUCUGCAGCAACAGCUGAGGCGGGUACGGACGGCCCACAUGCUCAGUUCAGGCAUCUGGUUUCUGGUGUUGGCUUUAGGCUUGUUUCUGCCCUUCCUGCUUUCUGCAGCCUCUAUGAGUCACCAGCCUUGCCUGUUGGACCCCUCCUCACAGCGGCACCGCACCUUCAUCCUGGUCACGCUGGGUGUGGUACAGAUGGUCUUCCUGCUGCCUGCACUACUGCUGCUUUUCAGCUACUGCAGCAUCCUGCGCGUACUCUGUAGGCUGGCCCACCGCAGGAAAGUACGGCAUCGACGGACCCUCACAGUCAUCUACUGGGUGUUGGGGAUCUUUUUGCUCUGCUUCGCUCCAUACCAUAUCAACCUGCUGGGCUACACACUCACUCACACAGGCGUAUGGCCAAUCUGCAGCCUGGCUAAAGUCACUACUGCCUUGCACCCUGUGGUGCUCUCCCUAGCCAGCACUAACUGCUGCCUCAACCCUCUCAUCUACUAUUUCUCCAGCAGCUUAGUGCACAAAGAAGCUGCUGGCAACAGGGGGAGUGGCAGCCAGUGAAACUGGAAUUAUUUCAAGAAAAACAGCAUGAAAAGGACAGACUUAAUUCAACAACA